AGUGGUUGUGACGUAAACUCAUUGUCACUGAGAUCACAUGACCAGACUGCGUAAAAGGUAAAAAGCUUGUUCUCAGAGUUAGCUUCUGUUUAUAUGCUUUUAGCUGGCACAUAAUGUACACACCAAGGACCAUGAAAACAAUCAUUUUUCUUAUGUGUAUGGGAUGCUCUCUUCCUGUGCAGUCUCAUGCCACAGAUCGCUACUCUUACUGCGAAAGCUGCCUAACAGCAGCACGAGGCAUGGGAAGCAAAUAAUUUAUGCUCAAUGCUUUCCAGAGAUUGAGAAAGGAAUAAAAGAAGCCCCAGCUGGGAGCAGACACACGGCGAUAGACAAGCUCCUCAGUUGGCGCCUAUGUGAAAAACUUCUGACUUCCAACCAUGAGCAUGUUUCUAAAGAUGCAAUGAAAUCAGCCUGCAUCCACUUGUUGGAUUCUCACCGUACCCAGUUCCGGGCUGCUUUAGUGAAGAAAGAGACAAAGAAUUUGGACAUAGUGUUGUGUUAUGAGCUGUCCCACGCAUGUAUUGGGGUCAAGCGCCAGACCUUUCAAGAUUCCAAAGCCACCUUGACAGAUGAUGAAAUUGCUGGCAUGCUUCGAGACAAUCCGGAAAAUGUGCGCAUUUCUCAGCCAAUAUAUGAAGCUUCUCCCGAACAGAGAAGAAAUGAGUUGUGAAGCUGAAACAUUGUUUUUACUUUGUAUUGUAUUUUGCAUUUUUGGGGUGUCAAUAUAAGAAAGAAGUCACAUGAAAUACAAUUGGUUGUAUUCAGAUGA